GUAGAAUCAAGUAAUACGCCAACGGAACUACUUUAAAUAAUAUUGAUAGCCAUUUUGUUAAUGUUAGCUUCGUUCUUUUCAAAGAAUACCUGCCAUACAGCUUCUCUCCUUGGUUCUCCUCGUCUUGGAACUGUUGCUCUAUCUAUGGCUUUUAGGAAUUCAACUAGGAGGAAUGGCCCCGGUCAAAAUAACUACCAUGGGUCCUCCAGCUACUCGUCAAGAGGGAACUCUCGAAACGAUUAUGGUAAUAGAAACUCGAGUAGAGGAAGGUCGAAUUUUGGAUCGAGCUUUCAAAAUCAUAGAAGUCGUGGAGAUGCUGGCGCCGGCUUGGUAAAGCCCCACUGGGAUCUUGCAAAAUUAACGAAAUUUACGAAAAAUUUUUAUAGAGAACAUCCGAAUGUAUCGAAAAGAACAGAUGAAGAAAUGAGAAUUUAUAGAAUGGAUAGGAAAAUCACUAUCAGCGGUGAUGAUGUACCUAAACCUAUCACAACAUUUGAAGAAGCCAACUUCCCCGAUUAUGUUUACGAAACCAUUAGAAAAAACAACUGGGAAGAACCAACACCUAUACAAGGUCAAGGCUGGCCGAUGGCUCUUUGUGGAAGAGAUGUCGUUGGUAUAGCUCAAACUGGAUCAGGGAAAACAGCUGCGUUUAUUUUACCUGCUAUUGUCCAUAUCAACCAUCAAGAAUAUCUUAAACCACGUGACGGUCCCAUUUGUUUGGUUAUAGUUCCUACGAGGGAGCUCGCUCAACAAGUGGCUCAGGUAGCAACAGAGUUUGGUCAAAAUUCUCGUGUUAAAAACUGUUGUGUUUAUGGUGGCGCUCAUAAAGGACUUCAAAUACGUGAAUUAGAGAAAGGAGUAGAGAUCGUCAUUGCAACUCCCGGCAGACUGCUGGAUUUGCUUGAAAUGGGAAAAACCAACUUAAGUCGUUGUACAUAUUUGGUUUUAGACGAAGCGGAUAGAAUGUUAGAUAUGGGAUUUGAACCCCAAAUAAGAAAAAUUGUUGAUCAAAUAAGACCAGAUCGUCAAACAUUGAUGUGGUCGGCAACUUGGCCAUCGGAAGUACAAACGUUAGCCGAAGAUUUCCUUAAGAACUACGUUCAAGUAAAUGUUGGAUCUCUGAAUUUGCAUGCAAACCAUAAUAUUCAUCAAAUAGUCGACAUUUGUCAAGAGCAUGAAAAGGAAUUUAAGCUUAUUAAGCUCCUACAAGAAAUUAUGCAAGAAAAGGAAAACAAGACAAUUAUAUUUGUGGAAACGAAGCGAAAAUGCGACGAUAUUGUUAAAAGAAUGAAGAGAGACGGCUGGCCCGUUAUUGCAAUACAUGGAGAUAAAUCUCAAAAUGAGCGCGAUUGGGUUUUACAAGAAUUCCGAACUAGUAAAUCUCCUAUAUUAGUUGCUACAGACGUAGCAUCUCGUGGCUUGGAUGUUGACGACAUUAAAUAUGUCAUCAAUUUCGACUAUCCAAAUUGUUCGGAGGAUUACGUUCAUCGAAUUGGCAGAACUGCUAGGGCCGAGAAGACAGGCACGGCUUAUACAUUUUUUACCUUCGAUAAUAUGAAACAAGCAAAAGAUUUAAUAGAUGUUUUAAAGGAGGCGAAUCAAGAGAUUGAUCCCAAAUUGGAGCAAGUAGCCCUGAUGGCAAAAGAUUUUAACUCUAAUAGAAGAAAGAGGUGGAGAGAUAAAAGAAAGGAUGAUAACGAUUCCUACGGCAUUUCCAAGAGACCUAGAAUUUCCAAAGAUUAUCAACAAGGCAACGACUUCAGAAAAUUCAAUACCAGACCUCCAUAUCAGCAGAAUAGAGGUGCUACGGCAAGAAAAAGACCCACUUAUGGAAACCAGACGAAUGGAUACGAUCGCUACAGCCAAACGCAGUAUGGACCACCUCCGCCACCAGUCUUGAAUAAUCAAACAGUAAACAAUCAUAACAACCCGUUGAUGGGGCCACCACCUCCACCGCCACCACCACAACAAUCUGCUCAAGCACCUCACAAUACAACAAGUUAUGGAGGUUAUUACGCACCACCACCUCCACCUAGUCAGUGGAAUGGACAGCAGUAAAGAAGAAAUUACUAGACUUAUUUUUGAAUAUUGUUGUAAUGUUUAUUCCUUGUAGGUUAUUGUUUAUGAGAAUUAAGUAUUUCUUUAGUUAACUGUCAGAAGUGCAGUAUAGUAAAUUCAGGCAUAUGACUUUCAUAUGAUUAAAACAGAAUUGAAAAAAUGUGUCAGAUUUUUUUUAUCUUAUAAACCUUCAAUACGUGAGAACAAGUAAUCGUGUCAAAUUCUCGUAUAUUAUUAAUAAGUUCAAUAAAUGAUUAUAUGCCUUUUCGGGCUCUAAAAAUUCUACCUAUUCACCAACAAAGGCAAACGGUAGGGGUAAAUUUUUAAUCUCGGUGUCAGCAGGCCUCCUCUCAGUAAACCUCAUCGAAAAGGCGCUCACCCCAAG